CAUUCAAUCGUGUCACACAGUAAACCUCGGGCUAUUAUUAAACCAUUUCGAUUCGCCGGGCAGAUAUAUAGAUCGGGUUGUGAAAAGAAAAUUUAACAUAAUUGUGGCAGGUUGUUAUUACUUAUAACCGGUGAAUUCAUUUUAAAACGGAUCUUUCUUUGUACUGAAAGGACAGCGGUUGUUUAGUGUGUUCUUAAUUUUCGAUCUACCUUGAUACAUCAGAAAGCUUUUGAUAUUAUUUUCGAAAAGGAAGUCAAAGUUGUUUGGAAGUACAUUUUUCAUCGUCGGAUAUGGCUUGGUCGACGACAGCCGUCGCCGGCAUCUGGGUUACAUGUGUAGCUGCAUUAUUUUUGGCUGUCGGUUUCUCCAUCCCAUUUUGGAUAAGUACAGUGUCAACAAGUACAGGGACAAAUGCUAAAACGUUCAAUACUUAUGUCGGAGUAUGGUAUGUUAUGGCAUGCAUUAAGGGCGAGGCAGACUCCUGUAAAACGGGGGCCAUAGAACCAGAAUACAGCGAGAGUAAUCCAGAUGGAAAAAUUAAUGGAACUUCCCAGGAUCUAAUAGUAGAGAGCUCGCAGUAUCAUUUAGGCCGAUCGGUAUGGUGGUGGGUUGUACAGAUUGUGACCACUGUGGCAUUGGGAUUCGUGCUUCUAUCAGUUCUAAUACUAAUAUGCUGUAGAUGUGCCGGCAUACACUCAAAGGGAUUCUUCAUUAUUUCUGCCAUUUUAGAAUUAUUUGGAGGGUUACUUUCCCUUGUCAUUUCAAUACUUACGGCAAUCGGCAUAGACGUAUGGUUCGAUUUCAUAGAAGAAGUAGAAAUCACUGCUGAAACUUUCCCCUGGUCAGUGCUGUGUUUCGGACUCGGGGGCUUACUAGCCCUAGUAGCUGCUGCAAUUAUCAUGUAUGUUACAUGCUACUGGUAUAAACUCGGAAAAUACUUCGAAGGCGACGGAGAUUCUCAGGAACAGCAAGAGCAGCCGAUGUCAAACCUUAGUAAGUCGUACGAUCGCCCAAGAAAGCCACACGAUAGAAGGGACUACGACUAUGACAGACGAUACGAUCAAAGCAGGGAUUUUUCAAGCUCAAAAAAGUACCGAGACACCGGGAGAGACUAUUCGCGUGACUACAAUACACGUGAUUACUCUUCACGUGAUUACUCUACACGUGAUUACUCUACACGUGACUAUGAUCGUAGUAAUGCGGGAUACGACUAUAACAGUUAUGACAGAGCUUACAGUAAGAGCAAUGCUUACGACAAUGGCUAUGAUAGAUCGCACACACGUCCCUCAGACAAUAUGUAUCGACCUUAUGAUCAGUACCGAUACUAAACACGUAGCCAAAAUUAAUAUAGCCCUGCAGCAUUAUGGGUGAAACUUACAAUGACUGCGUUAUAAAGAAUGUACAUGGCAAUUCUAAAAGCAUGAUCACUUAACUGUUAGCCAUCAUAAAAAGACUUCUUUUUUUUUAAAUUCAUGCGUCUGCAUUAGUCACGUUAUGACUUUUAAGCUGCAACUACACCAGAUUUGACAUACAAUAUCAGGUUUAAAAUUUGAAAUGUAAUAAGUCCAAGACACUUUUAAAGUACGAAAUAUCUAUUUCUGCCAAGACAGCCUUUUUCCUAGAAAGCAAAGCAGACGAUUUUAUCGCAAGAUCAUAGAGGGACCUUAAUAAUUCGCAGUUAUAAGUUCCAGAUAAUGGUUCUUCCAUCCACAAGUUGUCAGGUGUCAUACAUUUGUGUGUGUGUGCGGCAGCGUAAUAGGUGUAUUUAGGGUAUAAAGUCUGUGAGUACAUGUUAUACAUGGUGCAUAUAAAAUGGACCUAGUCCAAUACAUUUCAUCUUAACCAGCUUGAAUUAUAUAUUAUUUAAAUACCGGAUUUCUUUUAAUUGAAGAUAAAUAGAAAGAUGAUAAAAGCAAGAAAAAUGUUUUCAGUUAAAUAAGCACACUGUAGAAUCAGAAAGAAAAGCCAAAUAACCCACGUUUCCUUUAAUACUAUAUUGCUUGAAAUAUUUCAUUAUGGUACCACAAUGUCAAGCAUGAGAUUUCAACAAAAUAGUGCAAAUUGAGGUACAGAGCUCUACAGAGCAAACCAAACUGAAAACUAUUUGAAUUCGCCAUUUUUUCGCUUUUAGGGGUAGUGUAACUUUUAUCAGAUAUCCGGAGCUGAAAGGGAGAAAUUAAUUAGUAUUCACCUUCCGUUUUCUAGAUGAUAUAACACUCAGUUUAGUCCUGUUUCAAGAUUAAAUCUAGAUCGUUUGCUUCUCUCUAGAUAUUUUUUUGACUGGCAAAUACUUCUUUCGUUACAUUAUAUUUUUUUCAAUGCAAAAUUCUGUAUUUGGACGACAGCAUUUAAGGCGAUUUUUAGAGGACAUAAUUGAGCCGUGCCAUGAGAAAACCAACAUAGUGGGUUUGCGACCAGCAUGGAUCCAGACCAGCCUGCGCAUCCGCGCAGUCUGGUCAGGCUCCAUGCUGUUCGCUUUUAAAGCCUAUUGGAAUUGGAGAAACUUUAGCGAACAGCAUGGAUCCUGACCAGACUGCGCGGAUGCGCAGGCUGGUCUGGAUCCAUGCUGGUCGCAAACCCACUAUCCUGGUUUUCUCAUGGCACGGCUCAUAUACUUAAAUAUCUCCUGUUAUUUAUUUGUUGUUUUUUUUUUUGAGAUUGUGACAAUUAUAACGAGCAUUUUUUAUUUCGAAAAUUAACAUUUUUGAAUCAAUAUUGACAUAAGUAAAAGAUGACCUAAAAAUGAAAACAAAGAGAAAAUCUGCACUCGCACAUUACAUAUUAUGGGAACUGUUUUUUCCGGUGUCCUGGAUUGUGUGUAUUUGUAUGAAGCUAUUUACCAUUUCACAAGAUUUACACUAGUUUUAUUUCCCUUUUCCAUUUUUUUACGUCCAUCUUUUUUAACUUUGGUCAGUUAUUUUCUUUGUUUGAAAUUUGAUUGUAAGGUUGUAAGAGAUUAUCAUUUUUAUCAUAAAGAUAUAUUGGGCCUCAGUACCCAAAUGGUUGAUGUUGUUGAUUUAAAAUCACUAGCCCUUCACCACUAUUGGUUCGAGCUUUGCACGGAAUAAAAGAAGUUAACAAACCAUGGUCCAUGAUGUGCUUACUAGUGAUGUUCCGAUUGUCGCCGAUGUUCGAUUAAUCAUCGCCAAAGUUUCAAAGUCGGCGACAUCGAUUCUGACUAAAAAGAAUCGAUUCUAGUCGCCGAUUUUGUUAAAAAAUUAAAAUCCCGCUUUCUAGACUUUUUCAGAUACUUCUCGCUGUUUAGCUUAAAUACUUUUGAUACGUUUGCUCUUUUAUAGUCUUUGGGUUAGUGUUUCAAAAUAUAUCUGCUGUUUAAAAUAGAGAACGCUGUCAGGCCAGCUGUCAUGAUCGUAACAAUAAUAAAAAAUUUGUUGCCCUGGCAGUAAAAAAUCAGACGCCUUGAAAUAUUUUGGGUUCUGCAUGAAGCCUGAAUGCCGGGUAUUGGCUCCUUUUAAGGAAAUCUUUGAUAUUACUAGAGCUGUUUGCAAAAUAUGCUUUAAAGCGUACAUUAACGAAGGUACCCCACCCACUUUUUUUUCUAACUGGAAAUAAUUUUCAGAUUUUAUUUGACAAGUUUUUAUUAUUCAUUCAAUACAAAAUUGUGGAUUUCCUUAAGAAAAAGAUGAUAAACUAAUUCCAGAUUUGCCAGCAAUGUCCCCAGCAUAUAUUCUAUGUCAUAUUUGGCAGUGCAUCUAGCAUGGCUUGAAUCUUGAGUCAUAGAGAAAAGAUGAAUUAUAGUUACUUUUGCAUUUCGUCCAAUAGUUCCUCCCAGAUCGCAGUUUGGACUUAUUUGUUCAAAGCUUUGAAAAAGCGGUUAAGCUAUCGGUUGGUUAACUUUUUAGGCUAUAUGUCGACAUUUUAGAAGAAUUUGAAAAACAAAUCUUUGAGUUAAGGACUGCCUUUAUAGUGAAAUAAAAAAAAAAUCCCAUCAAGACAAAUAUUUUGAGUCAAGAUCUAACCAGCAGAUAAGUUAACAGCCGGUUAAAGAUUCGAACAGCAGGGCCAUAAUUGCCCAGCAGUUGCUUAAGGCUGUACAGUACAGUAGCUGUGUCAUAGAAUUCUUCAUAAAAAGUAAUAAAAGUAGUCAUAAAAUAAUCUGAAAGUCUUGAGAAAGGUUUGCUGUUACUACCAUAUUGCCACAUUACAUAAGUCUAUUUUGAUCUUUCGGUUCCGAUUCUUUCGAUAAAUCGAAUCGGAGAGAGAUUAGAAUCGGACCGAUUAAUCGAUUCUGCUUCAGCUGUCCGAUUCUCAUCACUAGUGCUAACUCAGUUAGUGUUCAGAUGGGCUCCCGGAUUCUUCAUUUACCGGUUUUUGUUGCGUCUUCAGAUCCAUCUAUACAUUUAUACAUAAAUUUAUACAGUUUUUUUUCUGAUGGCAUAUAAAUCCUCAUGUUUAGACAAUACCAAAACUCACCAUGCAUUAGCUAACAAUUUUGUGUUUUGAAUGAAAAGGUUUAAUUCCUAUAGCCAUUUUUGUGAAAGUGAGUGCAAUCUGUGCUGUAUACACUAGCCGCCAGACCUAACGUGUUUUGAUAGAUUUUUAUACGUAAGAUAUAUUGUGUAUUUUUAUGAAAAAUAUUAUUAUGACCAUAUCAAAUAUAGAGAAUAUCAAGAUUUUAACAAAUAAAUACUUUUACACAAUUUAAA